AUGGCCUUCCUCGACGCGGCGCUGAAUCCCACCGCCUUGGCAGCCCUCACGGAGCACUUCCUGGAGGCGACCAUUUGGCACUCUCCGCAAGUUGGAGGGUCUUACCUGAAAGCUCACUUGCUGGAUGGCCUGCAUGCGGAGCUUCUUCUUCAGCUAGGAGCUGAACUGGCACAUCGGAUGCCUUCCGCACUUGGUCCACACAGGUUGGGCAGCAUUUACGCGCACAAGUACGAUGUGGAAUGGCCACAGCCUGGACUGGGCGUUCAUUCACUGCAAGAGAACCCAGUUGGCCGGUGGAUCUUGAUCUCUUAG